AUGGUUAGUAGGAGGGCGCUGCUGGUAGUUGCCAUGGCAGGGGUUUUGGCAGUCAUGCCAGGGUGCGUAACGGCACGGCACGACUACGUCGUCGCCCUCUCCAAGUCGCUGCUCUACUUCGAGGCGCAGCGCUCCGGGAGGCUGCCGUCGACCCAGCGCGUCCGGUGGCGCGGUCACUCCGCCCUCAACGACGGCGCCGACCACGGUGUGGAUCUCACCGGCGGCUACUACGACUCCGGCGACAACGUUAAGUUUGGGUUUCCCAUGGCGUUCACGGUGACGAUGCUGUCGUGGGUGGUGGUGGAGCAUGGGACCCGACUGGCGGCGGCGGGGGAGCUGGGCCACACGCUGGAGGCUGUCCGGUGGGGCGCCGACUACCUGGCCAGGGCGCAUGCUGCCCCCGACACGCUCUACGUGCAGGUCGGCGAUGGCGACUCCGACCACAAGUGCUGGGAGCGGCCGGAGGACAUGGACACGCCUCGGAAUUCCUACAUGGUGAAUCCGUCCAACCCGGGCUCCGAUGUCGCCGCCGAGACAGCGGCGGCGCUGGCCGCAGCCGCGGUGGUGUUCUCGACGCCGGCGCCGGGCGGUGACCAUCAGUACGCGUCGACGCUUCUGACGCACGCGAAACAGUUGUUUGAGUUCGCCAAGAACCACCGUGGCCUCUACCAGAACAGCGUGCCGUCAGUCAGAAGCUUCUACAGCAGCAGCGGCGACGAGGACGAGCUGCUGUGGGCGGCUGUCUGGCUCUACAUCGCCACCGGCGACCAGGAGUACAAGGGCUACAUCGCCGGCGCCAACAACCUUGGCUGGGUGCCGCAAUCGUUGGGCUGGGACAACAAGUUCAUCGGUGCCCAGGCACUAGUCGCCAAGCUCAUCCUUCAAGGGAAGCUGCCCAACGACGGCCACCACGGCGAGAUGAAGAGCAGCGUGGAGAAGUUCCUGUGCAACGUGGUGCAGCACGGCGACGGCAGCAGCGGCAGGCUCACCCCAGGCGGCAUGCUCUACGUACAGCAAUGGGAAAACAACCAGGCCCUCACGUCGGCGAUGUUCGUCCUCGUCACGUACGCCGACUACCUGGCGGCGGCGAGGGCCUCGCUCCAGUGCGGCGGCGUGAGCCUGGCGCCAGCGCAGCUCGUCUCCUUCGCGCGGGCACAGGUAGACUACCUGCUGGGGAAGAACCCGAUGAGGAUGAGCUACAUGGUCGGGUUCGGAAACAGGUACCCGCAGCAGCCUCACCACCGGGGCGCGUCGCUGCCAUCCAUCAACGCCAACCCUGUGAAGAUCACCUGCAAUGAAGGAUCCAGCUACUUCGAGAGGCCAGGACCCAACUCCAAUGUGAUCGAUGGCGCCAUCGUCGGAGGGCCUGAUGCCAACGACCAUUACAACGACUCUCGGGGAAAUUACGUGCAAGGCGAGCCAUCAACCUACGGCGUCGCACCCAUCAUCGGAGUUCUGGCAAGGCUUCUGCACAGAUGA